AUGUCAGUCCUCUUGCCUUCCCGAGGAGAGUUGGACGUGUACGACCCAAACAAUCCCUUUCAACCGCUGGUCACUCAAUCAACAUUUCCCCUGGCGACUCGUCCGGCCCCUGCAACAGCUGCUGCCGUGCCAGCGAAGAUGCAAGUACACAAGAACAGAAGCGUCAAUCAUAUACAGGAGGGAAAAGAUCAAUUUGAUGUAUUCAGAUCUUGGAAGAAAGGUAUCGAUUCAAUAGCGCCUAAAGGCUCUCCCGCCAAUCGAGAGGUUCUCGCUUCGGUAAAUACAAACAUCGCAAGCAAGUCUCGAAAUCCUCUCACUUCCCUCAUUCCUCGUCCAUCUGCUACCCCAGAUGUCUUCGCACCGGAGAUUAAGGCUACACCUACUGGCGCACCAACAAAUAAUGUUGACGCGGUUCUCUCAUCCAAACGUCCCCGAGAUCUCACUCAAACAUCUUUAUCUUCGGUACCGCAGAAGCGUGUCAAGCUCGAGAACAAUGCUGUCGAUCCAGCUGUGAGGAACGCAAGAGCUGAGGAGGAGAAAUGGCGAGCGAAAUGGGUCAAGGUAUUUCCAACUCUGGUUUUCCAUUUUGAGAUAGGUGUUGAGGAAGGUGUAGGGAAAAAUCUGAGACACCGUGUGUCAAAGAUGGGAGCCAAAAUCGAUCAAUUCUUCUCCACUCGUGUCACUCACUUGAUCGUGAAGGGCAGUGCUUCACCUCAGAAGCCUAAACCAGCUGCGCUCUUUGGUCGGGACACCAAUCGAGAAUCGAGUAAGAACCCUUUCCUAGAUGGAACAGGUGUUACGGACCUGGCUCAGAAGGCGGAAGCGUUGAAUAUCAAGGUCUGGACUGUGAAAAAACUUGCCGAUCUGCUUUCGCGUAUUUCACCUGUCGAGAACACCAACCAUGAUUCCCUAUCAACCCUGCUUGAAGAUGAAAGAAUUAACGGUACAAGAGAACGAGAUCUAUCUGCACCCAGACCAGAUUACUACUAUUUCAAACCCGGUAGCAAAUACCUCCUCGUCGAAGAUGCCACUUCGAAGCAUAGAACCGUUAUGGUGAAAGAAUAUACAUAUAACCAGAAAGAUGGGGCGGAAUGGCCUACUCUAUUCGAUGGAUUUUUACGUGUCUCUACGUCCAUGCAGACCAACGUACCUGUUGAGAAGAUCAGAGAAAGAGCUUGGAAGCUCUACGUAGAAAGGAUUCCUUUUGAGGGAGAACAACCGCCUCACGACUUAAAACGAUCUACAUCUCUUCGAGCAUUCCCCACUACUCCCAAACUUCCUGAGGCUCAACCAUAUCAUAAUGCAUCGGGCAACAGUGUCACCCUCACUUCAACCAUUGCCUCUACUUCUACUGCCGGUACCCCUGCUUUUGGCGGUUUCAAUGGACUUCCAGGUCUCGGUGCCAAUAAGGACAGGGCGAUCAUGCAGAUGUCCAAGCGAGUGCAAGUCCUUAAAGGAAAUGCUCGUCUUGCAGCAGCCAAGCGAGACGAUUCCGGUUAUGAUUCACCAUCGGCGCUAUCCACUCGACGUGCCAGUAUGGGAUACUCCCAACCAGCUAAGACGUUCAUGACGCAAGAGCAAGUGGUCAAGAUGUUACAGCAAGCUCGAGAACCGGUACAUGAGACAUCUAUCACUGUACAGAUGAGAAUGAGGAACAGAGAGAAGGUCGACAUGGGUUUGAAGGGAAGGGAACAGGAUACUGCCGCUGGAUACUGCGAGAAUUGUCGUUUGAGGUAUACCGAUUUGUCCGUGCAUAUCGCUUCUAAGAAACACCGACGUUUCGCGACAAACGACGAGAAUUUUGAAGAUCUGGACAGACUUUUAUACACUUUACAACGACCGCUUCAUCCUUCAACUGUUAUACUCAAAUAUCCACCUUGUAAUGAGUUACACGCAAAAGAUGACGAUUGCUACAAGUGUGAUGUUGACAUGGCCUCGGAAACAGGAAGUCAGGAAGGUUCAGCAAGUGAAGCUGAAACCAGAAGUCCAGGAGGAGAUAGCGAUGCGGUGAUGAUGUUUGAGGGACACGAGUACCGCUUGUCUGAUGAUUUGGAAGAAAUGCUUGGGCGUGGAGCACAUUAUUGA